ACACUUGACUUAUAAAUUCAUUCAUUAAAUUCUCAUCACUACCAUAACUCACUUUUCAAUUUUCCAUCUUCAGAUUCAAAUACAAGAAGGAAAAAAAAAAACAGUCUCACAAUCACUCAAAAAAAUUCAGAGAAAUCACAAAGAUGAGAACAAGCAACCAUUUGAUUGGUGUACUAAACUUCUUAACAUUCCUACUCUCAAUUCCAAUUCUAGGAGGUGGAAUCUGGCUAAGCAGCAGAGCAAACAACACAGACUGUCUCAAGUUCCUCCAAUGGCCAUUAAUCAUCAUCGGCGUGAGCAUCAUGGUGGUAUCAUUAGCCGGUUUCGCCGGCGCGUGUUACCGGAACACGUUUCUGAUGAGGCUCUACCUGGUGGUGAUGUUUUUGGUGAUUGCAGUGCUGAUUGGUUUCAUAAUCUUCGCGUACGUGGUUACAGAUAAAGGGUCAGGGAGGAGGGUGUUGAACCGUGGUUACAUGGAUUAUUACUUGCAGGAUUACUCUGGGUGGUUGGAGGAGCGUGUGGCUAGUCAUAGCUAUUGGGGGAAGAUUGCUUCUUGUGUGAGGGAUUCUAAGGUGUGUGCUAAGAUGGGGAGGGUGGAUUCUAAUGGGAUUCCUGAACCUGCUGAUGUGUUUUAUCUCAGAAAGCUCACCUCUGUUCAGUCUGGUUGCUGCAAGCCCCCAACAGAUUGUGGCUACAUCUAUCAGAACGAGACUGUGUGGAACCUUGGAUCAGGAUUAAUGUCUGCGAACCCUGAUUGCUCGAAGUGGAGCAAUGACCAAGGGUUUCUCUGCUAUCGCUGUGAUUCUUGCAAAGCUGGUGUGCUAGCUAGUCUCAAGAAGAGUUGGAGAAAAGUUUCGGUCAUCAACAUUGUUGUUAUGAUCAUUCUUGUGAUUGUUUACAUCAUUGCUUAUGCAGCUUACAGGAACAACAAAAGGAUGGAUAAUGAUGAACCUUAUGGUGAAGCUAGGAUGACAAAGUCACAUCCUAGUCACUUUCAACUUUAACUGCUCUGUUUUGAUGAUGCCAAAGAGGUUCAACAACAGCCAACCUGUCUUAGGAUUAUGGGGAUUUUAGUGUUUUGUAACUAGGUUGCUCUUAUGGUUUUGUAUCAAACUCUUGUACCAAAUGUGUUUGUUAUGUUUACCUAAUGUUCGACCUCUGUUUUUUUGCUUUUAAGAAGAUACUCAUUUUGUAAUUUGUUGAAAUUAAGUAUUAACAGCUUUGUAAAUUUGGAGAAAA